CGUCCACAAAAGAUCAGCAAAAUAUGUGUAAUUCUCAUUUUCUGUAACUGUGCUCUGUGGUUUGGAGAAUAUGGGAACUAGCUUAUUCACCAGUUGUAGUUUUUCCUGGAGAUAUCAUCACCACCAAAUAGUUCCUUGCGGCAAUUCUGUAGCUAAAGCAUCUGCAGAAGCAGAAGCAAGAGAAAAUGAGAAAUUAUUAUCUGGAUUUUGGACGAGAAGAACAGUUUUGGGUACUGGCAUUUCUUUGGUCUCCUCUUCAUUUCCAGGAGAAGGAUUGGCAAUUAUUAAACAAGGACCUUUAGCUGGCAGAAUCCCUGGUUUAUCUGAAACUGAUGAACAAGGCUUUAGGACAUACCGUAGACCAGAUGAGAAAUCCGGAGGGCAUGGCGUAGGAUGGAGUCCAAUUAUCCCUUAUGUCUUUAAAGUUCCUCAAGAUUGGGAAGAGGUUCCAGUAUCUAUUGCUGAUCUUGGUGGCACAGAGAUUGAUUUACGAUUUGCCAGCUCCAAGGAAGGACGUGCAUUUGUCAUUGUUGCGCCUGUUCUUAGAUUUGCUGAUGAUCUUGGUGAUAAUGCGACAAUUGAACGCAUUGGACCUCCAGAGAAGGUGAUCAGUGCAUUCGGACCCGAAGUUAUCGGAGAGAAUGUGGAAGGGAAGGUUGUUAGUAUGAAUGUAGCAGAACAUUCUGGAAGAACAUAUUAUCAGUACGAGCUAGAGCCGCCUCAUAUACUGAUCACUGCCACUGCUGCUGGAAAUCGGUUCUACCUGUUUGGUGUUACCGGGAAUGGUCUUCAAUGGAAGAGGCAUUACAAGGAUCUGAAGACAAUAGCCGAAUCUUUCCGUGUUGUCUAGUCCUAAAUUAGCUCAAGCAAAUUAUAGGAUGCAUUUUUCCCCCCUAUACUGCAAAUUUAAGCAACAAAAUGAGCAAAUAGGAGAUUGCAUUAUACUAUCUAUAUGUGUAGCAUGGCAAAGAAAUGCUUAAACAAGAAAUGCUGAAAUUGAAAACAAAAAAACGAUAUUUUUUACACCACCAAA